AUCUCCAUACUUCCGGUUCCGGUCUAAUGAUCGCGGCUUGAAGCGUUUCGGUUUUGCUCGGAUCUUAUCUGGUUUUUAAAGAUGGGGGAGGCAGAUGUGACCCUCAGUCAGACCGAGGAGAAGCCCCCGGACUCGGCUCUGGUUCCCGGGGAGGACUCGGUGGUCUGGAGCCACGAAGUGGAGGUGUGUCUUUUCCACGCAAUGAUCGGACACAAACCAGUGGGAGUGAACCGCCACUUCCACAUGAUCUGCAUCCGGGAUAAAUUCAGCCAGAACAUCGGCAGGCAGGUUUCUUCCUCCGUCAUCUGGGACCAUCUGGGGACCAUGUACGACAUGCAGGCUCUGCACGAGUCGGAGAUCCUGCCGUUUCCGAACACGGAGAAGAGUUUCUCGCUGCCGGAGGAGAUCAUCCAGGAAGUGAAAGGAGGGAAGCUGGGCUCAGAGGAGGAGACCAAGGAGGAGUUCAGGAUGGAGAGGGAACCUCCUGCUACACAUGAAGAAGGAAGUAACUCGUCUAUGAAGAUGUCAGAGCGAAUGAGCGGCAUUCGGGAAAAAGAGAAGGAGCGCGACAAGGAGAAGGGCGGAGGUGAAGGAGGAGUAGCAGGAGGAGCAGGAGGAGGAGGAGCGAAGGAAGCAGAGAAGAGGAAGAGGAGCCGAGCCACAGAAAAACUGCUGUCGUCUUCCAACCCGGCGAGUCCGGGAGGCGCCAAGAGGAGGCGCACCUGAGAGCUGGACUCUGUUUAUUUCAGUUUAUUUGCUGUAGCUUUUUGUUUUCCGUGUUCAUGUUUCCCAUGGAGCCGAGCAGAACUCUGGACCGAACGCGGCUCUGCUGGAUGAACCGCUGCAGUUCUGCUCCGGACUCCGGUCGGCCCAGUUCUGGAGAACUCAGCCGCUCCAUCUUUCAGGCUCCUGGAAGAAAGCCGAGUCGGAUCUCUGGGAAUGUUUCUCCAUCUGAAAUCUGCUCCAAAUGAGCAGAAAAACACAUUCAUGAUGCUUUCCUCUAUUUUUAGCUUAUGUUUAGUUUCAGUUUCAUACAGCGUGGGAUGUUUUAAAAUGUUCUUCUUGGUUUUUAUUUUUAUGAAAAUAUUUAUUCAUGAUGACAAGACUGUUGGUGACAUUAAAGAUGAACUCCUCA